ACACCAAAUUGAUUCUUUCUAAUUGCUUCAUCUUCUUCGACAAAAUCAUGGCAUCCAAACAUAAAUAAACCAUAUUCUUGUUAGAGAUGAGUGUCCUUCUACCUCUGCCGGAGAAAAAAAUUAUCAGAGUUCAGAGUACAGUGAAUCGAAAGAAAUCGCGAAGAACAGUUCGACGUUUGUUACAAAUCCAGAGGUGAAUUUUUUUUGAAAUCCAAAAAAUUCGUCUCUACUUAAAUUGGUUUAGCAAGCGAGGAUAAGAAAUUGUUGCUGGAACAAUAUGGUUAUGAUGCCAAUGAUGACUUUGGGUCUCAAUCUAAGAAGGCGAGGAUGAAAGAAGAGAAAAUGAGUGGAAGGAACAGCCAUCAAGUAGAAGAAGUUGUUGUAGUACAGCCAAGAACAACUCAUAGGUUACUUCAGGAAUGGCCAAACGAAAGAAAUUGCUUUCUCUUAAGGGAAUGGAUGUGAGACCUAUGAUGGAAGUUGUUAAAGGAGCAGCUUUUGGGAUUCUCCAGGCUGCUGGCGGUUGUCCAGCGUCUCUGCGACCUGCUAAGUGGUUGGAUUUUUACAGUGGUACAGGAUCUGUAGGAAUUGAAGCAAUCAGUCGAGGAUGUUCUGAGGCACACUUUGUUGAGAUGGAUCCUUGGGUUGUUUCGAAUGUUCUACAACCAAACUUGGAACACACUGGGUUUGUUGAUGCUUCGGUUAUACACACUGCUCCAGUCGAAAACUUCUUGGAACGUGCUGAUAAAACAGUAGGUGGUCGAGUACCCUUCACGAACAACAAUGCUUGAUUCAUGUGGAUGCCUUGAAAAGAUGACUGAUCGAAGGGAACCGCAAGCUCUGGAUAUCGGUGCACAUGAGAUUCUCCCUGAUGCGGACAUCGCUCUUGCUGCUGGACUAGACGAGUUGGCACAAAUGUUAGAUCUUCAAUCAGGUAAACCAUCAACAGUAGCCGGGAUAAGGUUCAUGGCAUUUCUGGAAGAAGACGAAAUGGCAUUCGACAAUCUUUACUGUAUAGCUUUCCAAAUGAUGGAUGCACAAUGGCUUGCCAAACGAGCUUCUUACAUGGAAUUUAAUGACGUCCUGAAAUCGACGAGGGCACAAUUGGAACGUCCUGAACUGAUGAUUUUACUCUUCUUUUCAGUUUUCUAAUUGUUCGUAGCUAAAAAAUUUCAGCUGCCAGUUGCACUA